AUUGACGUAUCUUAUACAGCUGAUAUUUUUCUUAACAAUUCCAUCAAAAUUCCAUUCCACUUCUUGACCCUUUCAAUAACAUUUCAGGACUCAUUAUAUACUGAUAUAAAUAAAAAAUAAAAUGACGCAAUAAGCUGUGAAGCCACAAACCGAGUAAAACACUAGGCCAUUAUGUUCCGUUUAAAUUUGAGAAAAUAGAACGCUGAUAAGUAGUUUUGGUAUAAAUUAAAGCAGUGGUAUGGCAUCAGUAAGAUCUUCUGCAGCACGAGUACUUCGAGCAGCCCCUGGCACGUCCCGACUGAUUGCAGUUCCGCUGCGACGUGUUGUCGCUCUGAGUAACCCAUCCCAUGGCACUCAAGAUAAUUCCGAAGGAGGAAAUAACCGAGGGAGCUAUGCAUUCGGUGCUGCAUCGUUAGGUCUAGCAUUGCUUGCCGCAAAUCAUAUCUAUAAUGAAAAGAAAUUUUUCAAAGCUGCGCAAGUUGGAAAUGUGGCUGAACUGCACAAGCAAAUAACAGCUGCAAAAGAUAAUGGCAUUGAUUCCGGUGGCGACAAUAGCGAAGGUCCCGCAGAUCGACGGCAUUCCUUAGGCUGGACGGCGCUCAUGGCUGCUGCGGCCAAUGACCAUCCAGCGGCAGUAAAGGAACUGCUUAAACUUGGCGCAAGGCCUGAUCUAAGGGAGAAAUAUGCAGGAGCGUCAGCCGCAGCUGCGGCGAGCGGCUUGCAUCCACUGGAAAUUCUUCAGAAAAGAGAGGAUGAAUUUUGCGGAUCUAUGAACGCGCGAGCAUCUUUCCUUGGCUGGACGGCUCUACAUUAUGCAGCUCUGGCCGACUCGACCGCGUCCGCUACGGCGCUGCUCGAGGCGGGCGCCGACCCGACCGUGCGCGACCACGCCGGGAGGCGCGCCCUGCACUACGCGCGGGACCCGUCCCCCACGCGCGACGUCAUAGUGGAGCACGCGCGGCGCUGGGAGGAGGCCGCCGCCGCCGCCGCCGCGGAAGAACGCCGCAGAUUUCCUCUCGAGCAACGGCUCAAACAGUUCAUAGUCGGCCAGCAAGCUGCCAUAGAGACGGUCGCAGCGGCGGUCAGGCGGAAAGAGAACGGUUGGGCGGACGAGGACCACCCGCUCGUGUUUCUGUUUCUGGGAAGCUCGGGCAUAGGUAAAACGGAAUUAGCGAAACAGCUGGCCAGGUACAUGCACCGCGACGACCCGGCGGCGUUCAUCCGGCUGGACAUGUCGGAGUACCAGGAGAAGCACGAAGUGGCCAAGCUGAUCGGCGCCCCGCCGGGCUACGUGGGCCACGAGGAGGGCGGCCAGCUCACGCGGGCUCUGGCGCGCCGGGCUGACGCCGUCGUGCUCUUUGACGAGGUGGAUAAAGCGCACCCCGAUGUCCUCACUGUGCUGCUGCAGCUUUUUGACGAAGGUCGGCUUACGGACGGCAAGGGCAAGCUGAUAGAGUGCAAGAACGCGAUCUUCGUGAUGACGUCGAACCUGGCGGCGGACGAGAUCGCGCAGCACGGGCUGCAGCUGCGGCGCGAGCAGGCCGCGCUGCGCCGCCAGCGCGCCCGCGCGCGCGCCGCCGCCGGCGAGCCCACCACGCCCAUCCGCGAGGACGAGGUGCCGGAGCAGUCGCUGGAGGUGUCGCGGCAGUUCAAGGACAGCGUGGUGCGGCCGAUCCUGAAGCGGCACUUCGGGCGCGACGAGUUCCUCGGGCGCAUCAACGAGAUCGUGUACUUCCUGCCGUUCUCGCGACAGGAGCUGCUGACGCUGGUGCAGCGCGAGCUGGCGCGCUGGGCCGACACGGCGCGCCAGCGGCACAGCGUCGAGCUGCGCUGGGAGGGCGGCGUGUUGGGCGCGCUCGCCGACGGGUACGACGUGCACUACGGCGCGCGCUCCAUCAAGCACGAGGUGGAGCGGCGCGUGGUCAACCUGAUCGCGCUGGCGGCCGAGCGCGGCGCGCUGGGCCGCGGCGCCAGCGUGCUGCUGCACGAGGCGGCCGGCCGCGUCACGCUCGCCGUGCGCGCGCCCCACGCCGCCGACUACACGCCGCUCGACCUGGGCGCGCUCUAGCGCUCUAGCGCCUGUGUAGAGCUCUAGCGACUGCAGCGCGCUCUAGCGUCUAUAUAGAGCUCUAGCGUUGAUGUAGAGCGCUGGUGUCAACAUAGAGUUCAUGCGCCUGCAACGGCUGCACUCUACGUUCCAAAUAUCUCAUCUUCUCACGAGAUUCCUACACUGUACAAAAUAGAUUAAAGCUUAAUUUCAUUCAGAAUAUUAAAAGCACAUUAAACGAUUGAUGACAUUGUGUUUAAUUUAUAAUCUUUGCUUCGAUCGUGCUUUUGCGUUAUAUUCAUAGAAAAGAAAGUGAUUAAAAAGUAGUUUAAAUGAAAAUUUGAAAUUGAAACCAAAUGUGAUCCAAAUAGAUUUAGAUUAAUAAUAAUAAAUAGUUUUUUUU